AUGCCUGAAGCACAGCGGAAGAAAGAAGGAAGACGUCUUGUGAGACAGCAGGUGCACGAGUUCCUCCUUGAGUUGAGCUGCGACUUCAGAAACGGCAUCAACUUUCACGACAAGACGUUGGGCACCUCAGGAAAGAACAUGAACCCGGUCCUUCACAAGUUCCUUCUAGACUUAAGACAGGCCAACCGAGACCCUCUGGAGGCGGAGCUGGUUAUCCGAGUCCUCAAGGCGUGCCCCGACCUUCUGAACAGGUACCUGUCGGACGUGACCUUCUCCUUCUCUCCGCGACCUUCAGCGCAGUGGACGGACAACAUGGCGCUGCUCACAGAGAUGGGAAGUAAAAUGUGCGUCCCGUGUUUGAGGAGGUGCCUCUAG